UAAGGAAGAAUGGCCUUAGGCAAUGACUCUUCUGUGAAGGAGUUUAUCCUGUUGGGCUUGACACAGCAGCCAGAGCUCCAGCUGCCUCUCUUCUUCCUCUUUCUGGGAAUCUAUGUGGUCUCCAUGGUGGGGAACCUGGGCUUGAUUGUUCUGAUUGUUUUGAACCCUCACCUGCACACCCCCAUGUACUACUUUCUCUUCAACCUUUCUCUUAUUGAUCUCUGCUACUCCUCUGUCAUAACCCCCAAAAUGCUGGUGAGUUUUGUGAAACAGGACAUCAUUUCUUAUGCUGAGUGCAUGACCCAAUUAUUUUUCUUCUGCUUCUUUGUUAUUGAUGAAUGCUACAUAUUGACAGCCAUGGCCUAUGACAGAUAUGCUGCCAUCUGCAAGCCCCUGCUUUAUCAAGUCACCAUGUCCCAUCAAGUGUGCCAUUUGAUGAUGAUGGGUGUGUAUGUGAUGGGGUUUGUGGGUGCCAUGGCCCAUACUGGUAGCAUACUAAGCCUGACCUUCUGUGAUGGCAAUAUCAUCAAUCACUACAUGUGUGACAUACCCCCUCUCCAAAAGCUCUCCUGCACAAGUACCUCCAUCAAUGAACUGGUGGUUUUUAUUGUUGUGGGUAUCAAUGUAAUAAUUCCCACUCUGGCUAUCUUUAUUUCUUAUACCUUGAUCCUUUCCAACAUCCUCAGCAUCCAUUCUGCAGAGGGUAGGUCAAAAGCCUUCAGUACCUGUGGCUCCCAUGUAGUAGCUGUUUCUCUUUUUUUUGGAGCCUCAGCCUUCAUGUAUCUCAAGCCAUCUAGUGCAUCUGUGGAUGAUGAUAAAAUAUCUACCAUUUUUUAUACUAUUGUGGGUCCUAUGUUGAAUCCUUUCAUCUACAGUUUUAGGAAUAAGGAUGUUCACAUUGCACUGAGAAAAACAUUGAAAAAAAGUAUAUUUACCUAA